GCGGGCUUGGCCAGCGCAGGCUGGCCUCUCAGUGGCGAAAGCGGCGGGGCUGCGGGCAUGGGCGAUGGGGGCGCAGAGCGCGACCCGGGCCCUGCACGCCGGGAGUCUCGCGGAGGGCGCGGCGCGGACAGCCGCGCAGCGGAAGAGUCGAGGGCUGAUGCCGGCGGCCACAGCCCAGGGGAGACUGCCAGGACCUCUGCCUGUAGCCCCGCGGGCUCCAGGGAGAGCGGCGCGGACAGCGACGGGCAGCCGGGGGUUGGAGAGACAGAUCACUGCCGCCGCAUCCUGGUACGAGAUGCCAAAGGGACCAUCCGGGAAAUUGUCCUUCCCAAGGGCCUGGACCUGGACCGGCCAAAGCGGACCCGCACCUCCUUCACAGCUGAGCAGCUGUACCGCCUGGAGAUGGAGUUCCAGCGCUGCCAGUACGUGGUGGGCCGGGAGCGCACUGAGCUGGCCCGCCAGCUGAACCUGUCAGAGACCCAGGUAAAGGUCUGGUUCCAGAAUCGCCGCACCAAACAGAAGAAAGACCAGAGCAGAGACCUGGAGAAGCGGGCAUCCUCCUCCGCGUCCGAAGCCUUCGCCACUUCCAACGUCCUGCGGCUGCUGGAGCAGGGCCGGCUGCUGUCUGUGCCCAGGGCCCCCAGCCUCCUGGCCCUGACACCUGGCCUGUCGUCAGGUCUGACUGCUGGCCACGGGGGCACCUCCUUGGGUGACCCCAGGAACUCCUCCCCACUCGUCACCCCACUGACCUCAGUGUCCACGUCACCUCCCCUGCCACCCCCUCCUCCGGGGCUCUGCUUCUCCACUGCGCCACUCCUGGACCUGCCCUCAGGCUAUGAACUGGGCUCCUCGGCCUUCGAGCCCUACAGCCGGAGCUACAGCAGGCUAGAACGGAGAGUGGGCAGCCCUGGUGGCGCCAAGAAAGCAAACGCUUGAGCCUGCACCCCCAUGUGACACUUUGUCCCCAAGCACAGCACCACCCCCACCUGGCAACCGGACCUAGUGGAGGUGGGCAGCCACAUGACCCGCCCCACCUGCCCCCCAGCUCAGAGACUCUCUAGACCAGGACCAGGCAGCGCUGGUCCCAAAGUUUGUGUGUGACAGUGUGGUGUGUGUGUGUGUGCCCCUCACUGAAAUAAAAGGAAAACAAUGAUGAAGGGAAAUGGAGUCCCCACAGCACCACCACUGCCCCUCCACACCCUUGGUCCCUCUCCUCUCUGGGAAAGAACAUGGGCUGAGGCCAGGGGUAGGUCUCACCAGAGGGGUAGAAACUGAGGCAGUAUUCACAGUGGGGGAGGGUGGGGAUUGGGGUACCUGGCUCCCACUCCCAAUUAGAACUUCCACCCUGAAUUCGCAAGCCCAUGAUAGCACUAUCAUGCUUUUGUGGGUUAGGCAUUGUCCUUUGCAAGCUCUUUUUUCAAAUAUAAAAAUACUUGAAGAGGGA